UCAAAGAGUGUGUUGUGCGGGUUCUGUAAUGUUGACGUUUGUAUUAUUUAGUUAUUGUUUGUGGCAAGAGAAAAGAAAAUGUGUGUGUUCAUGUUAGUUUUUUUAAAAUGUACUCUUGAACGAAGCUGAAAGCAUCUGAAUACAAUGUACGAAGUGAGAGUGUGGAAACAAGUGUGAAAUAGUAGUCGAGUGCAAUGGACGCUGUUUACCCCUAUUCAAAUUGUGGAAUUUUGAAAUUGUUUACAAAUGAGAGCUGUCGCGUUGUAUGCAGUAUUAUCUAAAUGCCACCUUACCGCCGUGAACGUCUUUAACCACAAUGAGGUGGCUAGUGAAGAUAAUAAUAGUCAUGAAAAUAUGGACAGGCAUGGUAGAGUUCGGUCCCUCGUCGCUAACGUAUGCAGCGGAUCUUCGUUUAACAAUAGAGCCAAAGGACACAGUUGUCGUUUUGAACGGUACAGCUAUUCUUGAUUGUGCUGCUGAGAGUUCAGAUGUGACUGUGGUGCCGGAAAUCAAGUGGAGAGCAAACGGUGACCAGCCUUUGACAUUUAUUGGAGACACACACAGGUCACGGCUUGAUAAUGGGUCAUUGUCAGUGCACAUUGGAUCAGCUGCCUAUGAUGAAUUACAGGGAAACUACCAGUGUAUUGCUUCACUCCCACAUGUUGGAUCAAUUGUUAGCCGAAAGGCAUCACUCACUUUGGCACCACAACUGCAGAUAUCGACACCUCCAAAAGACAUAAUUGUGUUUCCAGGGCAAACAGCUUUUUUUAACUGUUUUGUUGAUGUGUCUUUGGAAGUCAGUGUCAUGUGGUUGAAAGACAAUCGGCCUCUCCUCUUGGAUGAGACAAGAAUGCUCGUUUUGCCUUCUGGUGCUUUGGAAAUAGAUGAAGUGCAACUGUUGGAUGAAGGAAAUUAUCAGUGCAAUGUAACAAUGUUAGGACAAAAUCAGAUUAGUGAAAAGGCAGUUCUUAAAGUUGAUAAAAAUGCAGGUAUUCAUGGUGUAACACCACCUGUUUUUGUAGCACUUCCCCGGCCAUCUGUUGUUAUCGCAGGUAGCACUGUGACUCUUGACUGUGCUGCAGUUGGGAAUCCUAAUCCAUCCAUCGUCUGGCUGAAGGAUGGAAUUGCUAUUGAUAUGUCGAAUUUGGAUAGCCGAUUCCAAAAAAUUGGUCAGGGCAGUCUUCAGAUAUCUAAUGUUCAGGAGGCAGAUGAAGGAACAUACCAGUGCCGAGCUGAAAAUGGAGCAGAUUCUGUAGAUGCUGCAGCCACCCUUGAGGUCCAAGUUCCACCACAUUUUCUGAAGCGGCCUGCUGAUACUCAUGCUUCUGAGAAACAAGAUUUGGAACUUGAGUGUAAAAUGUAUGGCAAGCCAGAGCCUAAGGUACAUUGGGAAAAGAAUGGUGAUGUGAUAUGGCCAAAUGAAUACAUUCAUAUGGUUAAUGGCUACAACCUCAAAAUUCUUGGCCUGAUGACAAUGGAUGCAGGAAUUUUCCAGUGCAUGGGAUCAAACCCUGCAGGAAACAUUCAAGCAGCUGCUCAGUUAACUGUAUCACAGUCAGUGGAUUUCCAUGACAACUCUCUCUCUCAUUCUGACGUUGUACUAACAAAUUUCACCCAAUCCCCACAUUCAGCAGCCCCUCCCAUAGAUGAAGAAAGGGCACCAGUGCAAGAUGUUCCAUCAGCUCCACAAUUCCUUGAAGCAGUCAUUGUUUCCACGCGAUUUGUUACAUUGAGCUGGAAACCUCCUGCAAAUGCUCGGGGUGAAAUUCUUGCAUACUCAGUUUAUUAUCGGCGUGAGGGAUCGCAAAGGGAACGCAUAAUGAAUACAACACGAUCACGACUUGAGGAAGUCAACAUACCUGGACUGAUGCCAGAUAAAUUAUACCAUUUCCGUGUUGUGGCAUAUAAUGAGCAUGGACCUGGUGCAAGUUCAGAUAUUUUAAGAGUGAAAACUCAAGCUGAAGUGCAUGUACCAGGACCUCCCAGGGGCCUAACAGUGAUUGCAACGAGUCCUACAAGUCUUCUUGUUCAAUGGCAACCACCAGAUCUGACAAAUGGGCUUGUACAGCGCUACAAGAUGUUUUACAUGCAGGAAGGUUCGGUAGAAGAGCACCACAUUGUUACACCAGACUUGCAGUAUGAGCUGACAGAUCUCAAUAAGUUUACCGAGUACAGUGUUUGGGUUGUUGCCGUUAACCAGAAUGGCCCAGGGUCAAGUACAGAAGAGAAAACAGCAAGGACAUUGUCUGAUGUGCCAACAGAGCCACCCCAAAACGUCACACUGGAAGCAAGCAGUUCUACCAGUGUUAUUAUACGAUGGGAACCGCCUCCCAGAGAGAGUCAGAAUGGAAUAAUCACAGGUUACAAGUUGAGAUAUCGUAAAAAAGACCGCAAACGUGGUGACACUGUCACAACACCUGGUGACAGGCGACUCUAUGCACUAAUAAAUCUUGACAGGCGGUCUGUAUAUCAGGUGCGACUUUGGGCUCUAAACGUAAAUGGUUCAAGUCCACCAACUGAGUGGCACACUACUGAGACAUUUGAGAAUGAUCUGGAUGAAUCACAAGUACCGGACACACCUGUGGGACUCAAAGCAAGACCAAUGACAGAUAGCAUUACUGUCUCAUGGAACCCUCCACGUAACCAGAAUAUUAUGGUACGUGGUUAUACUAUUGGCUGGGGAAAAGGGAUCCCAGAUGCAUAUACACAGCUUCUAGAUGGCAAACAACGAUACUAUGUUAUAGAACAACUAGCCCCAAACUCAGAGUAUGUAAUUAGCCUAAGAGCCUACAAUGAAAUGGGAGAUGGUCGACCUGUUUACACGUCUGUGCGAACGAGAGAAGAGAUGGCCCCAGAACCACUCACUCCACUUGUUCCUCCUGUUGGGCUUAUGGCUAUUGUUCUAUCUUCUAGAUCAGUUGUUGUUUACUGGACAGAUACAACACUAUCCAAAAACCAGUUUGUGACUGACAAUAGGUAUUAUGUAGUAAGAUACACAUCUUCACAUCAUUCACCUAACCCUCGUUACAAGUACUUGAAUUCUACAGACCUGAAUCUAAUGAUAGAUGAUUUGAAACCAAAUACGCAGUACGAAUUCACAGUGAAGGUGGUCAAGGGACGACGAUCUAGUCCAUGGAGCAUGGUUGUUAUGAAUAUGACGCAAGAAGAAAGACCAUCUUCUCAGCCUCGAGAUCUAACUGUUGUUCCUGUUGAAGACAAUCCAACAGUUGUGAAUUUGAACUGGCAGCCACCAAAGCAGUCAAAUGGCCCAAUAACAGGCUAUGUUAUUCUAUAUACCUCUGAUAACACAUUGAAUGAUCGUGAUUGGGUGGCAGAAGGAAUUGUUGGUGAUAAAAUGACGACGUCAGUGAAGAAUCUUAGUCCACAAACAACGUAUUAUUUUAAGAUACAGGCGCGUAAUAAUAAAGGAUAUGGGCCUUUUUCUGCAGUUGUAACAUUUACCACUGGAAUAGAUAACCCAGGAAUCACCAACACAAUGAUGUACAUUAUUGUGGGCUGCAGUCUUCUUUUAGGACUGGCAGUAACUACAGCACUAGCUGUUAUCUGUUGCAAACGCAGGAAUACUGAGCGGAGCAAGAAAGGGUACAUAAAAGGAAAUACCAAGAGUAAAGCAGGAAAAACAAAUAUAAAGCCCCCUGACCUAUGGAUCCACCAUGAUCAGAUGGAACUCAAAGCCCUGGAGAAAACACAGUCAUCACCAGCAACAAAUGAGAUGACUGCUGCUGUAGCAACUUUGCCCCAAAGUUCACGGGAGUAUGAGCCAGAGCAGGAAUCAAAGUUCCAUCAGCCAAGUACUGCUACAAACUCUCUUGAUAAGAGAGCAUAUGUUGCUCCAUAUAUAGUUGGACCAAACAGUGAUGAAAAAACUUCGACAGCUAGGAGGGUGAUCAAACCCAAACCUAUAAAUAUAACAGCAAGCAGCCAGCCUUCCAGGGAAUUGGCCAGUGGUGGUGCUGCUGCAGGGCAGCCAGUAGUUGCUACAGAUGUGAGCCGACCACAGUAUCCUCGUACUCAAUACAGUAUUUCUCGAGCUCAUGUUACACUUGACCAGUCAGCAACACAGUCUCCGGAAAAUCCAUAUUCUUUGCAGAGCAACUAUGAACCAUCAACUUCACACCAGCAGGGUCCAUACAGUGCGGGAUUGCAACAAUCAGCAGCCAGCACCCAGGAGCCUGGUGGCUCAGGUACAAUGGGGAAAAGGCUUCAGGGUCAUCCACUGAAAAGCUUUAGUGUUCCUGCUCCCCCUCCACAAUCUGCACCAUCAACACCUCAACAGAAACAUAUUAUGCGACCACAGGGGUCAUCAAGUCCAUACAAAAAAGCAGGCAUUUUAACCAAUACCCCUGCUUCAUCUGUUGGUUCGGUGCCAAAAGUGAGAACGGCAUCUGUAGAAGAUCCUAACACUAUCCAGCCUUCCUACAGUACAGAAGAGCUCAACCAAGAGAUGGCUAAUCUGGAAGGUCUAAUGAAGGAUUUGAAUGCUAUCACUGCCUCAGAAUUUGAAUGCUGAGAAUGGAACUGCCACAUCAUUCAGGGAAUGCUUCUGCUGAAGUGCAAGAUGUACACAAAAUACAGUUGCUGCUUAAGUACUGCAAAAAAACAUUCUGUGUUUAUCUUUUAAUGAGAUUAGUCAAUAAUGGCAGCUCCUGUAUUGUCUCAAGAAUGAACUCUUGUGGCUUGCAGUUUCAAUAAUCAUCUCUAAUAUUAUGUACGAUUGACUUCUAGUACCCUGCUGUUUUAGUUAUAAACGGAAAAGAUGUUUCCGCAUAUUUUCAGUGAGUGUUGGUCAGUCUGGUGUAUAUUGAAUGAGAUAUGUUUGUGAAGUGUUAUUCAGUUGAAAGUUGUCGUAGAUGAAUGUGGCCUAAACACUGAGAAAUUGGUUUUUUAUGUAUUAUGCAAUUUACAACGAAGCAGUAUCUAGUCCGCUUCUGUCGUAUUUGUGAGAAAAUGUGAAAAUGAUGGGAUAUAUUUGAAUGAGUUAUUUUGCUGUUUUCAUAGGUGCUUCAGUUCAGUCUUCCACUGAGAGUAAAUCUUGCCAAGAUGUAAUAUUAAACCACAUUAAUAAGUACAAUCAUGGCUUCAUGAGCUUUGAAAAAUAUAUUAAUGAUCUCAAAUUUUGAAGCUUGUGUGCAUUUUCAGAUUGACACUAGACAAUUCACAGUUGCAGCUAUACAUAUACUGACAUUAAAUAAUUUGAUGUACAGUCCGGACUUGUAAUGGUAUCUGAUCCCCGCCCCCCCCCCCUUUUUUUUUAGAGAAUAUUGUUUGGAUCUGCAGACAUUGAGCCUCUUUUAUUCUUGUAAAUUUAUUACAAAUAAAUAAGGGGAAAAAUACAAAUUAUAUUUGUGCUUCUGAUAUUUCAUAUUGUGUUAUUUCCAGAAAGUAUAAAGUAGUGCCUUUGUAAAAUAUGUGCAUACUUCUCUUACAUUUCUGAAAACAUUGCUUCAUUCAUUAUCUUUGUGAGACAGUGGUGAUCUGUGGGAAGGCUUAUUAAAAGUAUUGUUUUAUUUUGUAGUUAAAUAUUUCUGGGACAGUGAUAUUAAGAUACUAGAAAAACAGCCUGUUUAACUGCAUUGACAUUUGCAUUGCUUCCGUAUAUGUUUGAAGAAAAGUCCUAUAUGUCUUUCUUUUCCUUUUUGUUUUUGUAUAUGUCUUUCUUUUCCUUUUCUUUUCCCUUUUGUGAAAUGAAUUAAUUGCAGAAGCUGCUUUAGAGUCACUCACACUCAUCUUGCAAUUCCUGUUAAUGGUUUUAAUCAGAACUUUUAUGCAUUUAUGUUUUUUUUUUUAAUUAUCACUUUGCUUGGCAGCAUAUGUUUUGAUCUUCAAGUCUCAUAUCUCCUCAAAAUUCAUAGCAGUGGGAUUGCCAUUCCAAACAUUUUAGUGCUGUAAAUAGUUCAUUAUUUGUUUUAUAGAAGUUGUGCUAUCACUGUGAACUAUUGGUUGACUGACUGGUUACAGAGAGUCCAGUAGUUUUGUGCAGCUUGAAAGCCAGUUUUGGCCUAACAGUUUCCUUUUACUUAAACUGUCUCCCCUUCUCUGUGCAACAAAUGUUACUCAGUUUGUUAUUCUUUAUCCAGCCUUAGUAAAAUAUUGAAUAUGAUUUCAGAUUUACUCUGAAGUAAUAACCUGUUAUAACAUCCUUGUUAGCCCAGUUGAAUUGGUUCACAAGGACCAAUGACCCUAAUUCUGUGUGCCAUAUUUAUCUAUACAGAGAUGAGUGAAUCUGCUCUGUGGUAUAUCCAUAUCAGCAAUGCCAUAUGAAUUUCACUUACUACUUUUAAAAUCUUCAUAAUUACAGUGAUUACAGACAAUAAGAUCUUUCAUUGAUGUCACUUAACAACUUCAAAUUAGUCCAAGAGGGGUACAGAUGAAUAUUUUUCAUGUAAAUUAUUUAGCAGUCUUGGUACAGGCUGUGUGUAUUUUAUGGUACUUGUGAUAAUCAUCAAUAGAUUGACUGAUUAUUGAGGGUCAUGAAUAAAAUGAUAAGUCCUAAUUUGCCUUUUCAAAGCAGAUUUCUCCCUGUUUGUGUAGUUUAUAUACAUUUUUAUUGUGGUUUUACAAUUUUUAAAAAUGUACUUUUAUUUAAUGCCUCUGCAUUUAGAGUCCUACAACCUCAGUAUUAGUUGAAUGCUUUUUUGUGAUUAACUGAUAUGUGCAGUAUUUACAUCAGUGACUGGUAUUUUCAUUUGACUGGUAUUUUCAUUAAUAAGCUAACUUCAGUUUGUGCCAUUCCAUGUUUCUUUCCAUUAUUUCUUGCUAUUUAUAAUAAUUGUAACUGCCUCUUUUUCAGUAUUAUGUUAUAAAGUGAAAUGGUAUCAUUGUAGACUGUGCUUUGAAUAUGUUGAAAUCAGUGUUUUGCUUUGUAUUUUUUGAUACAACAUAAACAUAAUGUAUAAAGCCUAGUAAGAUCAUUGUAUGGUAUAUUUUUGUACUAACUUUAUACUUCAUCUUAUUUUCUUUUACUUUGCUGGAUACAUCAUUGUAGUGUGUAGUUUUUCAACUCUUUAUGAAUUCUCUUGUUUUCUGUGCAGAACAUUGAAUAGAAGUAAUAAUUAUUGAACAGUGAGAAAUUCAUAAUGGUUGACUAAUUUAGUGAAAGAUAGUUAAGGCCAAAUAUCUGCUCACAUUAUUUAUGUAUUUAAUGUAGAACUAAACCCUCUUAGCAGUUCAUGCUGGAAUAAGUCAGCCUACAUAACUAUGCACAAAUUCCUUCAAAAGGACUUUCUUUACCAAUAACUUUUCCACAUGUCACUGCUCCUGUAACUUCUUUUGCCAUAAAAAUUAUGAAGUUUCAUAUUCCAUUACUCCUGCAGCUAAGUCUAUUUCGGUUCCUGAAAAUCUUUUAGUUCAGUUUUGCAGCAUUACUGCUCAUACUUUUGGAUUUCUUUUAAAUCUUAAAUUUAGCUCCAAAUAUGAAUCCAUAUGUAACAUAAUGUGUGAGUAUUAACAUAAUGUGUGAGCAUUUAAUGUAUAGCAUAGUUCUGGGGCCAAUGAAUAGCUUUGUCAGUAUGUCUCUCUUUCCAUAUGGAUUGUUAGUGUAAUAGAUCUAUUCACAUUUAAGGUUCAUAAUGACCUUCUGUUCAAGUGGAUGGAAUAGGAAUCUCUACAUUAACAGACUUUUUCCCAUUAGUUUAAGGUGAAGGCCUGGAGGCAGCUCUGUGUCCUUGUCUUGACACACAAAUUACUUUUUUAACAUUGGCAGCUAAGUGAACAUCUUUGUGGUAUAUGAAUCUCUUAUGUUGACAGCUUUUUACUAAUUUUAAGGGCUAGUAGGUUACUUUCUGUCAGUGUUGUCUCAUAAAUCAUUAAGUUAACAUAUCUGUGCAGAGAGGUUUUGUCUCCCAUAUAUAAACCCACCUCUGUAACACAUUUGCAUAAUCCAUAGUAGUGUAGUGGCAUGGAACCCCGAGGUAGGCAGUAUCAACCCUGGCGGUGGAGGAAGUUUUCAUUGUCUGUAUUUGUUACACAAGGAGAGGUGUACAAUUCUUGAUCAGCAGACUGUGACACCAUUGACUGUCAUCCAUUGGUGAAUGUGGACAUGGUGACUUCAUUGGUGCUGCUUGAUGUAUUGUCUCAUAACCGGGACCUCACCCUUCUUUCACUCUCCUCAGCAGAAUAUCAUUAUUACUUUCAACAACAAAAAAACCACCACAAACCUUCUACAUGCACUCAUCACUCACAUAUAUGGAAACAAAUACAGUAAAGAUGUCUGAUACACAAGCCAUGAAAGUGACAUAUCAUUUAAAUAUCUGUAGCAUAGUAUUAGGCGCAUGAAUUUAAUGAAUUUAUUAUUUAUGCCCAUGCAUGAUAAAAGUAACUGAUAAAAAUAUGUUUUCAUUUACUUUUUGUUGAGCAUAUGGUGUUUUUUUUUUAAUUCCAAUUAUUUAUUGUACUUAAGUAUGGGCUGGCGGAAGUAGCAGCUCUCUGUAGAUAACAUGUGUGCAUCCGGAAGAGUCAUACUAUUCUGUGUCAUUUGUGUGUGGUUGAAGCAACAGUUGAGGGUUGCCAUUCUUUUGUCUCCAAUGUAGAUAAGUUUCACCAUGAAGUAUAGUUGGCUUUACUGAAUUGGUUCUUUUGAGUCAUCUGUAUUUCACUCACGAUGCAGUGGUUACGGCAGUGAAAUUUUGCUGCUCUUCUGCAUAGGGUAUGCUGUGUUUCUGGUGUGUGAUGUAAUCUUUAGUUCCAGUGUUUCCUGUUCUACUUGUCCUCAUCUUAUGCCCCUUACCUAGUAGUUGUCACAUAAAAAAUUCUUGUAGGUUUUUAGUAUAUUUAAUAAAUGAUACACAUUCUUAUGAAUUGUGACCUAAUCGGAGUGGAGUGAGCAAUAGUGAGUGCUGUACUUUAUUCUGACUUUCAAUUCAAAAUUACUGCACUGAUGAAAGUAGAUAAUUAGAGGCUGUUUCUCUGAUUUGAUUAUUUCAUGAUACCAUACGCUAGGUUGAAAAUGAAACUGCAUCUAUAGCUGUUGUGCACUGUAUUCUACCACUAAGAUUGCCAGAUGAAUUUCUACCCAUAACUUUUAGAUCUACCACUAUUGUCGCCAUGUGAAUUUCUGCCCCUAACUUGUAGGAUGAAGUCUACUGUGGGCAGUUGUCCUAAUUUUUAGUUCAUCCUGGGAGCAUCUUAUGAUAGUGUAACGAUGAAAUACUGCUCAUCAAAAUCAAGACCUUUGCAUGCAAGCU